CCACAAUUACAUCAGCCACGACGCAAUGUAAAUAAACACUUCAUGAUAAUCCCUUUCUCUUUACAAUAUUACAUUCUUGCUUAGUUUCCAUUAGUAUAGCUAGUGUUCAAAUUGCAUGUGUUUUAACCUAGUUGUGGUGACUUGUGUGGUGGUGGAUUGGUUUUCCUGUAUCAAUUAUUCACGGCCAGUUCCCCACCUGUCUCAUUCGUUCAGAAGGAUGCGGCUUUGCAUUGUUGUGAUGCAAUCUCGAAGUCAGGAACCUUCAUCUGCCCCUCCGCUAAACAGCACAACGUGGCUAUUGAAGAUGACGAGGAAGCAGGCCGGAACAGGGAUGCACAUCCCGCUUGUUGCCGAUAGAUACCAAUCGCGCGGCCACUAAGCUAUACUGUGGUCCUUGCUGCAUGACUUGAAGGAAGAUAUGGAUCAGUUCAAGUUGACGAGGUACAUUCAUACGGGCAUAAUGAUGGUGAAAGCAAAGCAAUGUAUAACAUGACAGAUGGAAUACCAAUUCCCAAGCAACUCAG